AUGGAUCCAACCGAAAUCACAAUGAUUAAUGAUCUAGGUCUCUCAAAUGACAACUACACAAUUAAGGUCCGAAUAAUCAGGCUUUGGAAACAAACAAUUUGGGCGAAACCACAUGAGACACGACAAAUCGGAAUGAUUUUGAUGGAUGAAGAGGGCAAUAAAAUUGAAUGCACUGUGGACAAAUCAUAUGUGAUAUUGGGGCAAGCACUUGAAGAAUAUGCGGAUGUUUACAUUCAUAAGCCAACACUUGGUUUAUAUGUUGAUGGUGUUAUGAAGAUUACAUUGAAAUUGGAAGAUUUAGAGGGACGACAAGUGUUUGCUACUUUGUGGGGAGAUUACGCUGAACAAAUUGAUUCCUAUGUAUCCAAACACCGGGGGAAUUUUGUAAUGAUUAUUCAAUGUGCUAAGUUGAAGAAUCACCGAGGUCGUGCAUAUGUGAAUAACACAUAUUUAGCAACAAAGCUAUUCAUUGAUGAGCAAGUUGAAGAAAUUAUUGAUUUCAAAAAAAAUUUGAAUGAAAAAGAAAGUGGAUCGGCUUCUUCACGUUCUCGUGCUACGGAUUCCUUCAUGUAUACUGCACAUGAUGACUUUCUUAAAAAUAAUCCGUUCUACCAAAUUUCCAUGAUCCAUGAAUUAGAUGAGGGGAGUUAUGCCAUCAUUCUUGGCACAAUUAAGAUGUUUGAAGAUAGUCAGCAAUGGUACUACCCAGCUUGCAAGAACUGUAAGAGAAAGGUUCAAAAAAUGCCCCUUGAACAAUCCAAUGUUUUGGACCAUGUGGCUGAGAAUGAAUCAUGGGUAUGUACACAUGAGAAGUGCAAAGGACAAAUCAUAGUUGUUGAACCAAGUUUUAUGCUCAAAAUUCGAGUACAAGGCUUGGUAGGAGUAGUGACACUUACUCUGUUUGACCGGGAUGUUAGAAGUAUUCUAAACAUUUCUGCAUCAGAUUUGAUAGAAAAGUAUGAAAAUAUGGGUAAUAUUGUUGGUUUUCCUGUUGAGAUUAAUGAACUUAUUGGUAGAAAAAUGGCUUUCAAAAUUAUAGUCAAGCGCUAUACGUGUGGAAGAAAAUACAUUUGUAAUUACAACAUAUCAAAGAUAAGUGAUAACUUUGACAUAAUUUCUGCUCUCGAGAAGCUUGAAAAAGCAAACGACAUUGAACAGGGUUCUUCUUCCUUCGUUGCUGAUAAUACUCCUAUCUCUACUUUUCCAAAUAUCAUUUCAAUGAGUCCAUCAACCAACCACGACACCACUAGCCUCCUUUCACCACCGACCAAUGCGAAACGUAAACUUGUAGAUGUUUACGCUCUUGAAGAUACUGUUUGUGAGUCAUCAACAAAACCUUCAAAAAAAUCCAUUGGUGUCAAGGAAAGUGUUGUGUCCACGCAACUAUUGAUUCCUAAAGUCGAGAAGUGA